AUGCGAAUGGCCGACGACACAGAGGUCAAGCAGGAAGAAGUACAGACCACUCAAAAACUCACAGAUAUGAGCGAGUGGAAGUUGCCAGUUGCAGACAUUAUCCGUCAGAGAAGUAAAGCGCGCAGAAAUAAAAUACGCAGAGUCGGUUAUACACAAGUCUAUCAAAUGGUGGAUCUCGUAAGAGUGUCUGGAAGACGCAACAAUGCCCCAGAGCCAGAAGAGACCCAAGCUGAGCCGAAGGAGCCGAAGACAGAGCCUAAAGUAGGACUCACAGCAUUGCGAGCUAAUAGCAGCUUUGUGAAACGUAAAGAGCUGGACGAUGACGACUUCCCAAUCAAAAAAAGGAAGAACUAG